CAGCGGGGCGGCCCUAGAGCGGGGGGAAAGCGGGGGAAACCCUCGUUUUAGCGCUCGGGGGGCCGGGCGAGCCCCCGCCUCGCCUCCCUGCCCGCCCCGCCGAGGGGAGGGGGCCGGGGAGGGCGGCCCGGCCGCCCGCCCCCUCGGGCCACUGCCGCGCCCCGCCGGUACCCAGCAUGGACGCGGCUUCGGGACGGGGCCCCGGGCCGGAGGAGGCGGCCGGGAAAGGGAAAGAGGAGGAGGAGGAGGAGGAGGAAGAGGCGGCGGUGUACGUGGAGGUGUGCGGCUCGGCCCGGAGGCAGGGAGCGGAGAGCGGAGCCCGAGGGAGCGGGGAUGCGGGCGGCGGCGCGGCGGGCAGGGCUGCGGGGGCAGCAUCCCCCGAGGGGACGGGCACCCCGCCGCAUCGCCCCCAGCGCCAGCACCCGGCAGGAUGCGGCUCCGGCUCCGGGGGGGCGGCCGGGACCCCCGACGGCUGUCCGGAGCCUUCCUCCACCUCCACCUCCUCCUCCUCCUCCUCGUCUUCCUGCCCCUCGCCGGGCAGCAAGGCGGGCGGCCGUGCCUCCGAGGGGGAGCCGGCUGCGGCGGAGGGCAAAGCCUCCUCCUCCUCCUCCCUCGGGUACGAAAGCGAGGAGGGGGAGGCCGUGGCCGGCCGCCCCCCCGGGGCGCCCCCCGUCGGGGGGGACGAGGCGCACUACAUCAGCACGCGGGAGAUCCAGCUGAGCGAGGUGGACCACGACAUGGACUUCGACGCCGGGCUGGCCGCCCGCUGGGACUUCGAGGACGACAACGUGAUCUACUCCUUCGUGGACUACGCCUCCUUCGGCAGCGCCGAGACGCCCGGGGAGACGCCGACGGAGGAGGACAAUAGCUGCUACCUCAGCACGACCACCAGCGAGCCCAACAACCCGACGGACAGCGCCAGCGCCGCCGAGAUCGCCAGCAGCCGCUCGGAAAACGAUACCCCCGGCGGGGACAAGUGCGACGGCUCGGAGGGGAGCCGGCCCCGGCGGCCGGGCGGCCCGGCAGAGAGCCCCGCGGGCCAGCUUCUCCUAUCAAUCAAAGCCGCUUCCCGGGCUAUAAAUGAGCCUAGCAACGGGCAGGAAAAGCAAAACGCCGUCCACGCUGCCAAGCAUGAAGGCGACAUGAGCCUCCGUGUCCCCACCGCCCCUGAACGCGAGGCGAGCCGCGGGCAGGACGCCGGCCACCAGCACCACCAGCACCACCAGCAGCACCACCAGCACAACCAGCAGCACCAGCAGCAGGCGAAGAAAUUCAUCGCGGUGCCGGCUCGGCUGCAGAGCGGCUGCGGGGCCGUGAGGGCGAAGGAGGUGGGCGAGUACUCGAGCGGUGCCUCCAGCGCCGUCAGCGAGCUGGACGAUGCCGACAAGGAGGUGCGGACCCUGACGGCCAGGGCUUUCCGCAGCCUGGCGUACCCUUACUUCGACGCCCUCGCCCUCGCCUCCCGAGCCUCCUCCGCCUCGCUGCCCGACCAUGCGCUGGGCUCCAGCCGCUGGUCCACCUACCUGGACCUCAAAUGCGGCAGCCUGGGGCCGAGGGCCGAGCCCGGCCUGCCGCAGCUCUGCCUCCGCUCCGGCAAGGCUCAGCCCAAAGCCCUGGAGUUCGUGGUCAGCAAGCUGGACGGCGAGAUCGCUCACGUCGAGGCUCCGCCGCGGGUGCUGAGCCUGCUGCAGCCGCCGGGCUCCGGCGCUGCCCCCCGGGCCGCCGCCGCCGCCGCCGUGCCCCCCGCCCCCGAGGCUGGCGGCGGGGACCCCCCGCGCAGGGACCCCCCGCAUCCGUCGCUGGAGGGGACGAGCAAGAAGUCGCAGUUCGCCUCCAGCCUCCUCAAGAACGUCAUCUCCAAGAAGAUGCAGCUGGAGCACGAGUUCAAGAUGGAGCGCGGGGAGAUCUCCGACACCUCCUCGGCGGCGACGGACCGGGACCGGGACCGAGACCGGGACCGGGACCGGGACCGGCCUCGGGAGGGCGGCGUGCAGCGGCAGAGCUCCCGGCACUCGGAGGGGGGCUCGGAGCCGGGCGUGCAGGCGGCCGAGGAGGCAGCGGAGGGCGGCGGGGGAAGGUCGCCGGCAUCCAAAGCCUCGACGCCCCGAGAAGGGAGCCGCAGCCUCGACAGGGAGGAGCCCCGCGAGGCUCGGCGGGGAGGCUCGGAGGCGGCCAGGGCCACCACCUUCCUCCGCAGCCACAACAGCGCCUUCAGGACCUGGAAGGAGCGGGAGGCGGAGAAGAAGGAGGAGCGGGCGCCCGUCGGAGGGCACAAGCCGUCCCCGCGCCGCGACCCCCCCGGCGGCAGGGCCACCAAAACGUCCCGUCUCUUCGUCCCCGCCGUCCAGCCUGCCGCCGGCCCGGAGCCCAAGGAGCCCGGUGGCCCGGGGGGGGUCUCCGCCUCGCCCCCCGCUGCCAAACCCCGCGGCGCCGAGCUGCAGAUCAGCCUGGGGGGCCGAGAUCCUCCCUUCCCCAUCGCCGAGCUGCUCACGCCGCAGCUGGGGGGCCGCCCCGUCGAGGAGAGCCGGGGCCAGCCGCCCAAAGCGCCCAAGGGCGACGGUGCCGAGCGGGUGCCGCAGUUCCUGGUGCGAGACGUGCGGGAGGGCAAGGGCAAAAGCCAGGGCCCCCUGCACCAGGUGCGGGACGUGCGGAAGCUGAUCAAAAGCUCCUACAGCGGCGACUCCGGGGAUAACAGCAGCGACAAGGGCAGCGUCGCCUCCGACCAGGGGGGCGCGGAGCACAAGCCGAGGCAGCUGGUCAUCGCGGGCAUCCCCCGAGCCCUGUCCCCCGUGGUCAUCACCUGCCAGGCGCUGGGACACGCCGGGGCCAAGGCCACCGACGGCGGGGGCAAGGCGGCGGUGACAGGGGGGGGCCGGGCGCUGGGCUGCCCGCCGGAGGGCACCGUCCUGGUGCACCGCACGUCGGGGCGGCUGCCGGUGGCCACCAUCGCCCCCAACAAGAGCGACCCCCGGCAGCCGGCCGUGCUGAAGAUCGUCGCCAAGGCCGGGGCGCCCUGGCGGCACCAGCAGCCCCCCGGGGCCGCCGAUAAGAGCCGGGGGCCGGCGGCGUCGGGGGGAGGAGGCAGCGGCGGCGGCGGCGAGGAAGACCCCCGGGAAGAAGGGAAGGCAGCGCCGGUGCAAAACGCGCUGGAGAAGCUGACGGCGGCGGUGCGCAGCAUGGAGGAGCUGUACAGCUUCAGCAAGCGCGAGUGGAAGCGCAAGAGCGACCCGCUGCCCAUCACCGGCAGCCACGUCCUGUCCCUCAUCGCCAGCCAGGAGCGCGACGCCGGCCCCCGGCCGCCCCCCGCCCCGGAGCCGCCCCCUAAGGCGGAGGAGCCGCCGCCGCCCCCCAAGGGCCCGGCCCCGACGGUCACCGAGCGCCUGCCCCGCCGCCCCGCCAACCCCGCCGCCGUCUCCGACAAGGUGUCGGCCAAGGCGGCCGCCUUCGAGAGCCUGGCCCGGCAGCGGCAGCGCGGCCCCGCUCCCCCCCGAGCCCUCCUCGCCCUCCGCGGCCCCGCCGCCGCCUCCGCCGCCGCCCCUCCGCCGGCCAAGGCUCCCCCCGACGUGGGGCUGCGGGGCCCGGCGGCGGCGCCGCGCUCCCUGCUCCGCCUGCCCGCUGCCGGCACCGAGGGGAGGCCGUCGGGGGAGCCCGAGCACGGCCCGGACUGCGGCAGCUACCUGGCGCUGCCCCUCAAGGCACCCACCGCCACCACCGCCCCCUCGACGGCACCCAGCGGCGGCCGCCCCUCCGCCGUGUCCUCGGUGGCGGCGGCGGCCGCGCUGCGGAGCCUGCAGCCCUUCGGCUCCUCCAAGCCCACGGGUGGCCCCGGUGGCUCGGCCGCCUCCACCGAGGCUUCCCCCACCGCCACCGCCGCCGCCGCCGUCGCCACCGCAGCCCCGGCGGCCGUCGAGGCUCCCCCAGCCGCCCUCUUCCCUCCGCCGCUGCCGCCCUUCGCCGCGCCGCCGCCGCAGCUGCUCUGCUUCUCGCCCUCCGUGCCCGCCGCCGAGCCCCUGCCGCAGCGCAGGGUGCUGCUGGACGUGAGCAGCGGGCAGUACUACCUGCUGGACGCCGCCCCGCAGCAGCCCCCCAAGCGGCGCCUCUUCGACCCCGAGACGGGGCAGUACGUCGAGGUGCCGGUGCCCGCGCCCGCCGUCGCCCCGCUGCCGCUGCCGCUGCCGCCCUUGGCCCUCAACGCCGGCGCCUACGGCACGGCCUACAUGCUCUACCCCGGCCUGCUGCCCGCCGCCGCCGUGCUGCCCGCUGCCGCCCUGCCGCGCCCGCUCUCCCACCCGGGCAGCGAUGGCAGCACGGCUGCCGAGCCCGGCAGCCCGGCGGUGGAGGCCGAGGGGCCUUAUUUCGUGCCCGGUGGCGAUGGCCCGGCUGCUGCCUCGACGGCGGCCUCGACGGUGGCGGCCAAGCCGCUGAUCAGCAUCACGGCGCCCGCCGGCGGCCCGCGGCUCGUGGCGCCGCCGUCCUUCGACGGCACGACCAUGCGGCUGGUGGUGGAGCACCGGUAGGCGGCGGGGAGGGGGCCCACGGGGGUCCCCAGAGGAGGCCGGGGGCGAAGCGGUGCCCACACAGCAGCUGGAUUGUGCCCGCGGCCCCUUCUCGUCUUCCCCUGCGUGCAGCGUUGCCAUUCAGCUGCGUAACGCCCUUCUCCUGCGGCGGGUUUGUUUCUGCAUUUCUGUCUUUCUUUCCGCUCCUGUAUUUCACCCCGUAUUGUAUUUCAUCUCUGCCUUCCUUGCUUGUUUUCCUCCUUUCCCACAUCUUCCCUCACACACCGCGCUGCCGUGCCAGGGACUCGUCCCUCUCGGCCUUCGUCACCGGCUGGCUUUUGGCAGCACGGUUCUUGCCUGGGUCUCCUGCCACCCUUUUCCUUUCAGACAGAGGAAAACCAAAGAAAAAAAACAAAGAAACAAACAAAAAGAUGCUGAUUUCCAGCUGUAGCAGAACGUACAGCCCGCAUUCACAGCCAGCUCAGCGAAGCAGCAGGCCAGGUUUAGCCGGAGUGGGGACCGGUCUGUGGGGAACUGCAGGGAGCUGAGGAGCAUCUCACACCUGAGCGCUGGGAUGGGCUCUGCCGACAGCACAGGGCGGCCUGAGCACGCACGGAACAGAGCUGGGGUGCUGCUGCUUCGUUCUCGGCACUAGCUUAGGAAAUGAGCAGCAAGAGCAUCGUGGCAGAGCAGGAGAUGCUGUGCGCUUCUCUGGAGGAGUGAGGGUUGGUUAAACGUUUGUGGCAGCUCUCAAAAAAUCAACUUUUUAUUAGUGACCCUUGAAUGUAAUAUUUUUAGACCCCGGUUCUAAAGAAGACAGCAUUUAUUUUUCUUUAAGACUGCAGCCUUUUCUGCAAAAACUGAUGAUUUUGCUGCCAGCAACUAGUUUGUCUCAAUAAAAGAGAAUUAUUAACACGAGGGUGAAACUAAACUACACCAGUGUGUUCCUUGCCCCAAAUUUCAGUUCAGAGAAGCCCGUAAAUGUAAGAUCAAACCUAAAUUGUUUUACAUAACGCUUUCUUGAGGUUGAAAUUUCAAGAUAUUAAUGCAAAUCCUAAAAGUCUGUACUUGAGGGUUUGCCACUUGGGAGGUUUUCCUGCACCCGUUUCUAAAUCCUUCCUGCAUAUCCACCAGGUCUGCCUCACACACCUUCGGAGAUUUCCUGGUAUUUCAGCCAUGCUGAUCUAUUUUACCUGGCAAAGUGUUUUUUUCUACAUUCAAUUUUCUCACUGAUGGAAGCUGGAUUUCUGAGUGUGAAGGCUUCGCUGCGACUUUUUUUUUUUUUCAUGUUUUCAUUGCUGUUUUAUAAACUUCGUGAUAAAUUUCCAAGUUGUUUUUUAAGACCCCCAUAGGCUGCCUUUUUUAUUCUUUGAGGUGAGGUGUCCAAAUCAAAAGGGGAUACAUGUGUAGGUCAUUAAAUAAGAUCUUUCCCAGAUACUUGUACAGCAAAGGGGAAAAAUGCAUUGAAGCAAUCAGAACCCCGAAUUUCUGCUGCAAUAAUAGCGAGGUUUCUGUGAAUGUGCAUUUUAUUUUAUUUUAUUUUUUCCACACAGAGGAGAAAAAUAACCUGCUUGCUGCUAAGGAAGUUUCAGGGUUUUCUCUUUUUAAAGAAAACCCAAGAUUUUCAUUUCCAUGAGUAACUUGCAAGAUAGAGGGAAAUCAGCUGCGACUGAUAUUUGUCUUCAUAUUUGUGAGGUUUUGUUUCAAGGGAGUUCAUUUGUCCACAGGCACAAACUGGAAUUGCCCUCAGGAUGAAAUGCCCUGCAAGUAUAAAGUUAGCUAGUGAUUUAACAUAUAUCUGCUCAUUUGUCCUCAUCACUGUGCAAAUUUAAUGCAAAAAAAAAAAAACAUCCUGAUCCUUUCUAAGAGCUUGAAGUGCCCAGCUCGAGCACCCAGCGUGUCAGCUUGACCCCCUGCUCCUCGGUCGCGUGGUUCGCAGUCGCAGCCUUCACUUUCUGCUGGGAUUCUGGCUGAAAGCCUCGUAAAGAAAACGAAUGCUGCUUCACUGUUUUCAUGACCCAGUCAUUCUGUACUCAUUACAAUUAGAGCAUCAGCGUUAAGCAGAGCGGUGCUUGGGACUGCAGGGGAUAGCAGUGCGCGCGGUACGUUCGCUACAACGCCAGCAUCUGUCUUCAGACAACAUUUGCCUCCUGUCUCUUCCUGUAUCGGUGCUCGGAGCGAGGUUUCACGUUGCAGUUUACAAGAUACAGGUUUUGCACGCACAAACUCAGGGUUUACAGUUCCACCCGGUGGACUUGAAAGGAAAAAAAAAAAUGCCUAGAAAACAAGUGCCCAGGGUUUCAAGACGUGUUUGUUGGAGGAAGAUUUUGUAGGGACUUUGUUAUUGUUGUUUUUUAGCUGCCUGUAGAGAUGAGAGCAAUGAAACGAGGCGAUACCAACAGCUAUUUAUUUUCUCAGGGGAGGUUUCUUCAGGGGAGCGCGUCACUUCUCAUGUCAAACCAUGUUUGCCUGGCUGUGUCGAUGACUGAACAGACCCCAUGUUUGCAAGGAGCUGAGCUUCCCAGGCCCAGUCCAGCGAAGCCCUCGCACUCACCCCAAUUUCAUCCACCCACGGGGAUUUCUGGGGGCCCUGGUGGCUGCCCACCGGUGCAACGCUUCGCUGAACUUGGCCCAGGGCUUGGGUACCCAAACACCCGGGUGAGAGCAGCCAAAAUUCACCCCCUGCGCUCAGCAGGGCAAAUCCUGCCCGCCCCUCGAGCUCCAGGUCUGCAUCUCCCCAAAUUUUAGGUCGGCAUCGGUUUAAGUGACGUGGCGGGACGGGAGGGAUGCGUGAGUGUUGUUCCGGCCCUUUGCAGCGGGGCCGGUUUCACUUGGGUAAAAUUACUCCUUGGUGAAUGAUUUAAAAUGUAUUUAUGGGUUGUGUGUGUGUGUGUGUGCGCGUGUUUUUUUUUUCCUGUCUGCAUUCAGAGGUGCCUUUACUAUCUAGUGUUGAUGGCCAAGUGUCAUUCCUUAUUCUCAUAAAUUACUUGUGGCUACCCCGGAACACAUACAGUAUUUUAAAAAUGCUUGUGUUUUUUCCCUUUUUUUCUGUUUUUUUUUUUUUUUUUUUUUUUCUUUUUUUCUUUUUUUCUUUUUUUUUUUUUUUUUUUUUUUUUUUCUUUUCACCCUGUUUAAGGGGGUGGCUUAUCAGUGUAAAGACAUUUAAAAGUGCACGUGUGAAGUAAGGACAGUGACUGUGGAGGGCAUGUGGGUGGUGUGGCUGAUGGGAGAGCGGUGGGGUAUGAGGCAAACAGGAAAAUGCCGUGAAAGCAGUGCGUGGAAAAAAGAGAAAAAAAAAAAA